CUGAAAUCCUUCCACUCGCUUUGUUUAUUACCUUUUAAUUGUAAUGAGUUUCUCAGUUUAAUUUGAUUCAUGUUCUGGUGACAGCCUAACAAAUGGCCGAUUUUGACGCGAUUUAUGAAGAAGAAGAGGAGACAGAUGAAAAUGUUGUUGAUGACAAUAUUGUUUCUUUAGUGGCAGAUCCUGUAGUUGUUAGAGGGACUGGUAACAUGACUGUGUUUGGUUUGAGUAAUAGAUUUGAUACCGAAUUUCCUAAUGGUCUAGUAUCACGUGUUGCACCAGAGGAAUAUAAAGCAACGGUCUCGAGAGUGAACAAUGUUCUUAAGAAAACUAUUCCAGUAAAUGUAAAAUGGUUGUUUUGUGGUUGCGUUUGUUGUUGUUGCACACUUGGAUGCUCUCUCUGGCCAGUAAUUUGUCUUAGUAAAAGGACGCAGCAUUCAAUCGAUAAGUUAUUGGAAUGGGAAAAUAGUCACCUUUAUCAUAAGCUUGGUCUGCAUUGGAGAUUAGCAAAGCAGCGUUGUGAUUCGUCGUCGAUGAUGGAAUAUGUGUUGCUCAUAGAGUUUAUUCCUAAGAUACCAAUUUAUAGACCUGAUUAGUUUGGUUUUAUGCAAGUUGUACUUGUUUCGGAAACAGGGCUUUUUCAUCUUGAUUUAUUUAUGUAUAAAGAAAAAUUAUUAUGUAUUUAAUAAUUGAAAAUGCUGGUUCAAUAGGAGGCUGAUGUACCCAGCUUGGGAGAGUUAUCAUCAAGACGGGUUUUUAAUAUAAAUCUUAUUUUUAUUUUAUUAUUAUUUUAACUUUUUUUUUUUUCCAAAUAAUGACUAGUUUAGAUUUUGACUUUUAGAUUAGUUAUGAUUUUAUUUAAUAAAACAAAAUACAGAUUGUAUAUGCCAUUGACGUAAUGUACAUCACUAUUUUUUUAUUCUCCGUUUCUUUAAGCUAUUUUUUUUUAUUUAGGAACCAAAUAAUGUUAAUUAUCAUUGUUAAGUUUAUUCUGAAAUGAAAUCUUGAACUCUUCAUAUUCAUUUUAUUUCAAG